GAAGAGCCACUUGAGGAGAAGAAGAAGAAAAUUCAGUGUUUUUACCUUCUCUCUAUCAACAUGAUGUUCUAUCUGUUGCUCAUGAAUUUUUCUUCCAACUCAUUCACAUGGAAUACAAACAAUAACAUGAUAGUUUUUCAACUGUUUAAUUAAACGAUUGAUUAAUUGGUCAAUUGGGUAAUUAUUGUUCCUCCUCUUGUGUGACUUUUGUUUACCUGUUAAAGGUGAUUCUUCAUUGUUUGUGCUCUUUGUGUAUCAACAACAUGUUGCAACUUUUUUCGCCUCAUUUUUUAUCCAAUAAAGUCAACAGAAUGUGAUUCAAGCAGAAACUGAUCAUCAGAUUAAUGGAUUAAUGGUCUUGUAGGAUCGUAGUGAUUAGUGGAAUCAAUUGGAUUAUUAUUAUUAUGCUUUUCAAUUACAUGUUUCAUUGGUUGUAAACAUUCAAACAUUGGUUCAUCGGUUCAUUUUUUGUUCAUAGAGGUGAUAAUGUUCCCAGUUGACUAACAAUUAAAAUAAUUAGUGAACCAUUUGUUGAUUGUUCAAAUUAAUGUUAUGACUUGAUGUUAAUCUAAUAUCAAAUAUCAUGUUGGUCAUUUCAAUCAAAUGGUUAAACCAAUUCCUUGUGCUUUUCUUAAUUCUAAUCAAAUUAACUCAUGGAUUCCUUGAUUUCUACAUCAAUCGUGAUGAAGUCUCUCGUUUAAUCGGUCUUCAAUCUGAUAUUUAUUAUGUUAAAAACGGAACCGUUAAUGAAUAUGCUCUUGGCUUUGAGAUGCCGGUCGAUGCUAAGAUUUGUGAUCUUAAUUUCACUUGGGUUAAUUUAAUUGGUCAAAAGAUGCCUUAUUCAAUUAAUCUUCACAUUGACAAUGUUCAUGCUCUUGGAACUACUCAUAUGAACAUCUCAAGACAAGGUUUUGUUCCCAAUGAAGAACAAGUUUUAAGCAUCGGUUUACCAUGUAUCGGCAAGGAAGACGUCGAAGUCCAUGUUUCCAUCAAUGUGAACAUUUCGGUAGUUGAAUCAAAUGAAAAGAUAUUUUUAUCUAUUAAACGGAAUCGUAUUUGUGCAAAGGGAUUAGCUCAUACGAUUUCAGAGAGUUCGUUUGAAAAAGUGACCUCGCCCUCUCUCAUUCAACCUUCCAUUGAUUCAUUCACCUUGAUUCUUUGCUUUGUCUUUCUGUUUGUCUUCCUAUUUGUCUUCCUGUUUGCCAUUUGCUUAUGUAUUUGCAAUCGACUGUGCCAAUGAAUUUCUGAGUCAAAUUAACUUAGUUACUAUUGUUUUAUAUUCUUAUUAAUUAUAAGUCCACCAUGAAAUCAAUUUGUACAGUUACUGAAUACCAUGAUUCCAAGAGGUGAUCAUGUUAAUCAAAUGUUAUCCAAAGAGAUACAAGUUUCUAUCUAAAAUUUAAUAACGAUUUUUGUAAAAUAACUGCAACAAUUAAACUGAUUGCGAAUCUA